AACAUUUGAAAAAGAAGAAAGGAUAAUGUUAUAGGAACAACAUUCGGCGAGAGAUACAAUUAUACAAUGGCUACGGCGGUAAUUAGUGCGAGGAUGUCUCCGGGACUGUGGUUAGUGUUAGUGUCGGUCGUGGUUUCUGUCGUGACCCAUUCGGCCUCUGGUUUAGGAGAGGUCGGUGGCAAGACGGAAAUCCAAGGCGUCGAUGGCAACAAAGAAGUCCAAGAUCUCGGAAGGUACUGCGUGGAAGAAUUCAAUAGGAAGGAACAAGAGAAGAACGGGAACGUGGCGCCGUUGGUGUUCAAUAGAGUUGUCGAGGCUCGACAGCAGGUUGUGUCAGGGACCAAAUACUUCUUGAAGAUCGAGACGACAUUGUCGGACCGUACCACUAAGAUGUUCAACUCUGUUGUCGUCGUCAAGCCUUGGCUUCAGUCUAGAGAGUUGGUAGAUUUCUCUCUCGUUGUUUGAUUUCAUAUGUUUUGGUUACGUUAUUAUAUAUUAAUUACAUUAUAAGAUUAUUGACUA